GUACCUCAUACCUCAUUCAUACAAAAAAUUCUAAUGCGAAAAUUGCGAAACAAAUGAAAAUUGUAAUUAAUUUAUAAAUGGAACCAAGACAAAGUUAACGCAGUGGUUCUGAUAUAAAAUGUUCAAUUAGUUCAUGUUAGCUUGUAUUAUAAAAACACGUGUAAACAGCACAAACAGACAUGUUCAAAAGUCGAGGCGAUAUUGUUUAUAAAUGUACAGUGCGACUUUUAGAGGAUACAGAGAUAUUAGAAUGUGAAUUUCACCCGAGUUACAAGGGCAAGUAUCUGCUUGAGCAUGUAUGCCAACAGUUGAAUCUCACGGAGACGGAUUAUUUCGGGCUCCGCUAUGUGGACGCCGGCGGUCAAAGGCACUGGCUGCAUAUGGCAAAGUUAAUAUUGAAACAAGUUAAAGAUGCGUCGCCAAUACUGUUUAGUUUCCGAGUGAAGUUCUAUCCACCCAACCCGCUGCUGCUCAAAGAGGAUGUGACGAGGUUCCAGAUCUACCUUCAGCUAAAGAGGGACCUGCUCCAUGGGAGACUUUAUUGCACAUCUAACGAGGCAGCGAUGCUCGGAGCUCUAAUUAUUCAAAUCGAGCUUGGCGACUAUGACCCGAACAUCCAUGUCGGCAACUACGUGACAGAAAUGAGGCUGCUCCUCAGACAAACAGAAGCCAUCGAAGCUAGGAUACAGGAAUUACACAGAGAGCCAGUGGAGGGUACUCCGGGCGGCAGCGGAGGCGUCAAAGGCAUGUCCACCCAGGAGGCCGAGCGUACCUUCCUCAAGAUUGCGUGCCAACUCGACACUUAUGGCGUAGAUCCGCAUCCUGUCAAGGAUCACAGAAGCAACCAGCUAUACCUGGGUAUCAACCACAGCGGCAUCCUAACGUUCCAGGGCAGUAGAAAAACGCACCAUUUUAAGUGGAACGAAGUGCACAAGAUCAACUUUGAGGGCCGAAUGUUUAUCGUACACCUCAAUUAUCCUGAGAAAAAGCAUACGGUGGGUUUCAAGUGCCCAAACGGUCCUGCGUGUCGCCACGUGUGGUGUUGCGCCAUCGAGCAAAUGCUGUUCUUUACAUUGGCAUCAUCCUCGGACGCUUGCGUGUACUCUGGCGGAGGCCUAUUCUCAUGGGGCACCAAAUUCAAGUAUGUCGGACGCACGGAACGAGAGAUAUUGGAACGAGAUGGACUACUAGCGCCUAGGGAUUCACAGGAAGAGGGCGGCGGCAAGCGGAAAGCGUCAAGCGUCCCCGCCACCCCGUCCACGCCCAUGACGGGCGACUUCGGUUACAGCAGCCUACCACGAUCAACGCAUAGUGCACCGUUAGAAGAAAGUGGGGGUCUGGCUGGAGGGGCCGAGAUGUGCAACGGGGCUUGCCUACUGGCGGGCCCCGCUGUUGAUAUAGCACUGGCUCCACAGGAGUUGAGGGCUCAGGAAAAACACGUCCCGUGUGCCGCGGAGUACAUCCUCCGCGACUCGUGUUCCCCCUCGUCGUCCGAGUCGGGCGGGGGCGCGGGGGGCGCGGGGGGCGGGGGCGCGGGCGCGGCGCACGACGACUGGCGGCCGCCGCCCGCGCUGCACCCCCCGCCCCGCCCCUUCUCCCUGCUGCGCACCUUCAUCCCAUCCUUCCUGUUCGUGUGGCUCUCUCUCGCUCUGUUGGCUCUGCUCGUCUUCGAGACGGACUGGGUGCUCCUCCGCCCGCUGAAGAGGAAACCGGAGUUGCUGUCGCUGCGACACCAUUAUUACGCGCCGCUGAAGGAGUAUUUGAAGCGGAAGGUGCUCGAGUUCUUCUGAUUUUGUCGAGGUAGGAGAAUUCGCGUUGUGGGUUAUUGGUGAUUCUUGGGGCGUCUCGAGUCUGAAGUGCGCGGCGCGUCGUGGACUUUGAAGAAGAUUAUUAUUGUAUACGUCCAUUCAAAUCUUCAAAAAUUAAGACGCCGCUCGGCUAAAAAUGUGUAAGUUUAUAGAAGUGGUUUCACAGCAACAUAAUAGACAGCGGCAAAACAUUGUCAUAGUAGUAAUCUCGGUUGCACAAUUUAACAAAUUUUUAACCUGAUUAAAUACUGUUGACAAAUGCGCGGCGCAAAGCGACGUGUUAACCCUUUGCAGUUUGUUACACCGUGGCAUCGCAUCGGAUUUUUAUAGUGUAAUUCUAGUCAUAGAAAAUACUACAAUAUAAUUCGACUCAACGCUGUUAUCUGCUUGCGUCGCGUUUUAAUAAUGUGUUUCAGGCGUGUAAUACAAAAAAUCUACAACUCUUGAUGAAAAAUCAAAUAUAAACUAAAACUUACCUGUAAUUACAUUCCGUAACGACAUAAAAUCCAUUUCUAUAAACUUAAACUUAUUAGCGAACAUACUCGCGUAGGUAAAUAAGACCAGUCAACGGAGACUCUGUAAAUGUGGUUGUCGUUUCUAUAAAAUUCCAUGCCCUGUGAGAUUUGUACGAUAGCUUAAAGAAGUCGAUUGUAACAUAUUAUGUAGCUCGAAGAUAUUUUAUUAGGAGUAUGUAUUUUCGAACGCUGGCAUGGGAGAAUGUCGAAAUCUGAACAUUUGUGAAAAAAUGUUAUGACUUUCAUUUGUCUUUUAAGGCUUUCAAACUUAAGCGUAAUAACAAAAUUGACAGAAUGCAGCUGCUUUCAAAUCUGUUAGUUCUGUCUGAUAAUUUUGGACGCUUCUUUUCGUACCCAUCUUAAAGGAUGGCAACGCACCUCUAAGCUCUGGUGUUUCGGGUGUCUAUGGGCAGCGCUGAUCGGAAAAGAAGCGUGCUGAAAAUUUAAAUAGCACAUUCUAAACAUCUUAAAAAGUCGCAUGAUAAAUUAGGCCAAAAUUAUCCAAAU